CUGCCGCGGUCGCCGUCGCCUCCCACCCGCGGGAUCCCGGCGUCCGGCAGCGGCUCGCGUCCGUCGGUCGGCGGGGCCGUGUGUCCGCGCGCGGCGGGCCAGGGCCGGGGAGGGACAGGCGCGGAGGCGGGACCGCGGCUCCCUCCCUCUCCUGGGAGCCCGGGAGGCGGCGGCGCUGGGGCGCGAGCGGAGCGGAGCCGGGCGCAGCAGAGGCGGUCGCGAGCGCGAGUGGGGUGGGGCGUGCCGCGGGCCCCCGCCCCCUCGGCCCCGUCCCCUGCCCAGCCCGAGCCGCCAGCCGGGCGCGCCGGCCGCGCGUCCGCGCCGCACCCCUCCCUGUGCGUUCUGCGACCACCCGGGCCUUCCAGGACGACGUGGAGAGGGGACGCGGGGGACAGGGACGCCCCCUUGGACAGGAGCCGUCGGGAGGGGCGGACCCGAGGCCAGGCGGCCGCCCCGCCGAAGCCAGGCGCAGCGUCUGGGACGCAGUCGGAGCGCAGAGGCUGGCGGAGCGCCGCAGAGAACAGCAGGCUGGGGCCGGGCCUCCGGUGACAGGCCCUGCGUGGCGGGGAAGAGGACCUGAGACCCGCAGCGAAGAGGCCGGACCCGGAACAGAGGCAGCUGCCUCCCUCCCUCGCUGGGUGCAGGGCAUCCUCCCCGCGUAGAAGACCCCCGCCUUGCGGGGGCUCCCUUUUUCCGAGACUGCCGAGCCGGGAAGGGGUCCACGGAGCCUGCACCCCAUGUUCCCUUAACUGAGGCCUCCAGGCCGUGGAGAGGAGCCCGAGAUAGGAGGCCGACGUCCUUGCCGCCCCUCGGAGAGAGGAAGUUCCCUGCCAGCUUCCAGGCCCAGGAGGACUUGGGCCGCAAGUGUGGGGACCUGGCCCCGGAGGCGGGAGCUGCCAUGUCAAGGCCGGGCCAGGGUGUGAUGGUGCCGGUGAGCGGGCUGGGCUUCCCCCCGCAGAACGUGGCCCGGGUGGUGGUGUGGGAGUGGCUGAACGAGCACAGCCGCUGGCGGCCCUACACGGCCACCGUGUGCCACCACAUCGAGAGCGUGCUCAAGGAGGAUGCCCGCGGCUCGGUGGUCCUGGGGCAGGUGGACGCCCAGCUGGUACCCUACAUCAUCGACCUGCAGUCCAUGCACCAGUUUCGCCAGGACACAGGCACCAUGCGGCCCGUGCGGCGCAACUUCUACGACCCGUCGUCGGCGCCGGGCAAGGGCAUCGUGUGGGAGUGGGAGAACGACGGAGGCGCGUGGACGGCCUACGACAUGGACAUCUGCAUCACCAUCCAGAACGCCUACGAGAAGCAGCACCCGUGGCUCGACCUCUCGUCGCUGGGCUUCUGCUACCUCAUCUACUUCAACAGCAUGUCGCAGAUGAACCGCCAGACGCGCCGCCGCCGGCGCUUGCGCCGCCGCCUGGACCUGGCCUACCCGCUCACCGUGGGCUCCAUCCCCAAGUCGCAGUCGUGGCCCGUGGGCGCCAGCUCGGGCCAGCCCUGCUCGUGCCAGCAGUGCCUGCUGGUCAACAGCACGCGCGCCGCCUCCAACGCCAUCCUGGCCUCGCAGCGCCGCAAGGCGCCCUCCGCGCCCCCGGCGCCUCCGCCGCCGCCGCCCGGAGGACCACCCGGCACGCUCGCCGUGCGCCCCAGCGCCACCUUUGCGGGCGCCGCGCUCUGGGCCGCGCCCGCAGCCGGCCCCACGGAGCCCACGCCGCCCCCAGGAGUGCCCCCGAGGAGCCCGAGCGCCCCCAGCGGCGCGCCCACCCCGGGGCAGAACAACCUCAACCGGCCCGGGCCCCAGCGCGCCACCAGCGUGAGCGCGCGCGCCUCCAUCCCACCCGGGGUCCCUGCACUCCCGGUGAAGAACUUGAAUGGUACCGGACCGGUCCAUCCGGCCCUGGCAGGGAUGACCGGGAUCCUGCUGUGUGCAGCGGGGCUGCCAGUGUGCCUGACGCGCGCUCCCAAGCCCAUCCUGCACCCGCCGCCGGUGAGCAAGAGUGAUGUCAAACCUGUGCCCGGCGUGCCCGGUGUGUGCCGCAAGACCAAGAAGAAGCACCUCAAGAAGAGUACGCCCUCCGACCCCGGACUCCAAUUUGUUAAGACUUGUUACCUUACCUGCGUCUCCUGUCUCAGUCCCUGCCCGACCGCACCCUUCUCCAACUCCUAUUAUAGCUGGCCUCCAGCAAACCCCGACUCCUCUGACCAGCCCUCUGUCCCUGACUCUGACCCCCGCCAAGCCCUCGGGGCGGGGGUGGAGACUCUGGAUACCCUCAAGCCCCCCUCUUGUGUCCCUGCAGGUAAGAACCCCGAGGAUGUAGUUCGAAGGUACAUGCAGAAGGUGAAAAACCCACCUGACGAAGACUGCACCAUCUGCAUGGAGCGGCUGGUCACUGCGUCGGGAUACGAGGGCGUGCUGCGGCGCAAGGGGGUGCGGCCUGAGCUCGUGGGCCGCCUGGGCCGCUGCGGCCACAUGUACCACCUGCUGUGCCUGGUGGCCAUGUACUCCAACGGCAACAAGGACGGCAGCCUGCAGUGCCCGACCUGCAAGGCCAUCUAUGGAGAGAAGACCGGGACCCAGCCACCGGGGAAGAUGGAGUUCCACCUCAUCCCCCACUCGCUGCCGGGCUUCGCAGACACCCAGACCAUCCGCAUCGUCUACGACAUCCCCACAGGCAUCCAGGGCCCCGAGCACCCCAAUCCGGGGAAGAAGUUCACCGCCAGAGGCUUCCCGCGUCACUGCUAUCUGCCCAACAACGAGAAGGGCCGGAAGGUGCUGAGGCUGCUCAUCACCGCCUGGGAACGGAGGCUCAUCUUCACCAUCGGCACGUCCAACACCACCGGCGAGUCGGACACCGUGGUGUGGAACGAGAUCCACCACAAGACGGAGUUUGGCUCCAACCUCACGGGCCACGGCUACCCUGACGCCAGCUACCUAGACAACGUGCUGGCCGAGCUCACCGCGCAGGGGGUAUCUGAGGCUGCCGCCAAGGCCUGAGGCCAGCCCACCCACCCUCCGUCCUGCUUUGCCCUGGUCCGGCUCAUGCCUCCCUCGGCCAGGGGUGCCCUGGUGGCCCACGCUCAGGGCCGGGGCGGGAGCCCGAAGGUGGAGCCCGAAGCCUUCAGGGGACUUGGCUGGUGGCAGUUGGGAGGAUGGAAAGAGGACAAGCCAGUCGGCUCCCACCGUGGCUCCCAGAACAGGCUGCGCAGAGAGUUCCGGAAACCACAGCGACCUCCCUACCAAAAAGAUGGCGACCCCCCUACACACACCAACACGUGUCCUGUUGACGCACGCACGCACACCCACGUGCCUCUAUUGCCCCCACACUGGGGGGAAGAGACAGAAGGACCCCGUGACACCCGUGUGCACCCCGCGUCUGUCCCCAUUGCUUCUGUCCCGCUUGUCUGCAGAGGACCCACAGUGGGCACUCAGGGGCCCGCUGGGGCUGCCAGGGGGACACAGGGACUUGGAAGCUGAGCCUACCCCUGUGCCCACCCUCCCUGAACCCUCGGACCAGGACUGAGCCGGGGCGGAAGGCCCCAGGUGACCACCCAACAGAGGGCCAGGCCAGAGCGAACGGGGCGAGAGACAUCUUGUGUGCUCCUGUCUGUCUCUUUCUCCCUCUGGGACCUGGAACCCCGCCUCCUGUCCCAUGCCCAGGCCUUAUGUGGCUCCCAGAUCAUCCGACCUCUCGGCCAGAUCGCUCCCAUCUUUGAGAUCCCAAAGCUGUAGUUUCUGGCUUGAGGAGUGAGAGGAGGCCUAGAUCAGGCCAGCGCCUCGACAGGGGACAGCGGACAGCCAAGGGUUACUUUCCUUCUGCUCGGCAGUGGGCUGUGGGGUGGUUGAGAGUCUCGACCAACCAGGGGCCCGUUGCCCAGGCAACUCACCAGCUCCGCCUCUGUUGAUUGGCUGCCGCGGCGGACGUCAGCCAAGAUUUAAAGAGACGCCAGCGACUGCUCUUUUGACAACCUACCAGUCCCACUGUGGGUGGAGAAAUAAAUGG